CUCGGAGUGUUGGUUCUUUUCUUCCAUGAUUUUUCUGCACAGGUCGCCAGCGCUGCAUCGCGUUCUUUAUCCAUUAAUACGAUUCAGCAAAAGAAGUUACACCGUGACAAUGUCAGAUAAAAUUAUGGCUUGUAAAAAAGCAGCGGCAGUACAUGCUGUCGACGAGCACGUCCGCGAUAAACAGGUGAUUGGAAUCGGCAGUGGGUCCACGAUUGUCUUUGCUGUUCAGAGAAUUGCGGAACGAGUGAACUCAGAAAAUUUGCACCUUGUCUGCAUACCGACUUCAUUCCAGGCCAAGCAGCUGAUUUUAGAGAAUGGCCUUGUUCUUGGGAGUCUGGAGACACACCCGCAGGUAGACGUUGCCAUUGAUGGUGCUGACGAGGUUGAUGAAGAUAUUAGCUGUAUCAAAGGUGGAGGCGGAUGUCAGACACAAGAGAAAAUUGUUGCAUCCUGUGCCAAAGAAUUUUAUAUUGUGGCUGAUUCAGGCAAAUAUUCACAGGCUCUUGGUACAGUAUGGAAAAAAGGUAUUCCUAUUGAGGUCAUUCCAAUGGGGUACAAGCCAGUUCAGCUUAAAAUCCAGAAAGAUUUAGGGGGCAAAGCAGAGCUUCGACUUGCGAAGAUGAAAUGUGGUCCACUGGUCACAGACAAUGGCAAUUUCGUUUUGGACUGGCAGUUUACGUCACCUGGCAAUUGGAAGGACAUAAAUUCAAAACUUGUCAGCAUUCCUGGUGUUGUUGAAACAGGAUUAUUUAUAAACAUGGCGAAGAUAGCAUAUUUUGGAAAUCCAGAUGGAAAAGUUACAAUUCAUAAAGCUCCAUGGGCUUUUUAAAACAUAUAUACGGUAGUCAUUUAUACAAAGGUACUGGUUACCAGAAGUAGAACUUUUGCAACAUUUAUGUGGUGUUUAAAAACUUUCUAUCAGAUUAAAAUGAAUAUUAGUAACAUCUUUUUUUAAGUUUCAUAUAUUAAGUAAUAGAGCUAAAUAUUAUAAAAAUAAAGUGUUUUCUUCUUGACAA